ACUGCUAUUACUACACCUACCCCCACCCCCCGCACAUCUCCUCAAACUCGUCAUCUCCCUGACAUGCUCUGCGCCCACUAGAUCCGAUCUAUGGACCCCCUCCUCCCCGUCCUCCUCCUCCUCUCCCUCGCCGCCUUCUCCGCUGCCUCCGACGAGAUCGACGGAUGCGGCGGUUUCGUCGAAGCGAGCUCGGGCCUGGCAAAGUCGACGAGGGCGUCGGAGUCCAAGUUCGACUACUCUGACAUAACGGUUGAGCUGUGUACUGUUGAUGGUUUGGUGAAAGAAAGCACCCAAUGUGCUCCUAAUGGGUACUAUUUCAUUCCAGUCUAUGACAAGGGUUCAUUUAUCGUCAGAGUUAAGGGGCCUAAGGGAUGGUCAUGGAAGCCUGAAACUGUUCCUGUUGUCAUUGAUCAAAAUGGAUGCAAUGGAAAUGCAGAUAUAAACUUUCAAUUCACUGGAUUUACAGUAUCUGGUAAAAUAGUGGGAGCUGUUGGUGGUAAGAGCUGUUCAAAAGAUGGAGGACCUUCUGGUGUGAAAGUUGAGCUGUUAUCAGAUUUGGAUGAGUUAGUUGCAUCUGCUUUGACAUCAUCAACAGGAGGAUAUGCGUUCGUGAACAUAAUUCCUGGACUCUACAGGUUGCGUGCAUCUCAUCCUGAUUAUGAAAUUGAGAUGACAGGUUCAUCAGAGGUGGACUUGCGAUUUGGAAAUGCUGUAGUAGAUGAUGUUUUCUUCGUAUCAGGUUACAAUAUUCAUGGCUCUGUAGUUGCACAGGGAAAUCCAAUCUUGGGAGUUCACCUGUAUUUAUAUUCAAAUGAUGUAAAGGAGGUUCCUUGCUCGCAAGGUUUGACCGAUGCACCCAGGGAAGGUGCUCUUUGCCAUGCAGUAUCUGGUGUGGAUGGGAAGUUCUCAUUUAGAUCAAUGCCCUGUGGUAGCUAUGAUCUGUUGCCAUACUACAGAGGGGAAAACACUGUUUUUGAUGUUUCACCUUCUUCAUUACAUGUUUCCCUUGAGCAUAGUCACAUGACAAUCCCCCAAAAAUUCCAGGUUACUGGUUUUUCUGUUGGUGGACAUGUUGUUGAUGGCUAUGGUGCUGGCAUUGAAGGUGCCAAGGUUAUAGUCGAUGGUCAGUUGAGAGCUGUAACAGAUAAUCUUGGGUAUUACAGACUUGAUCAGGUUACAUCCAAGAAGUAUGAUAUAGUUGCUGAGAAGGAUCAUUAUAAGUUCAACCGUUUGGGGAACUUCAUGAUUUUGCCAAACAUGGAAAGCAUUGAUGAUAUCAAAUCAGUUCGAUAUGAUGUAUGUGGUGUUGUUCAAACAGUAACUCCAAACUCUAAAGCCAUGGUAACUUUAACACAUGGGCCUGAAAAUGUAAAGCCGCAGAGGAAAAUUGUCAGCGAAAAUGGAAGAUUCUGCUUUGAGGUUUCUACUGGUGAAUACCGAUUAUCUGCAUUACCUGUAGAUUCCGAAGGUUCUUCCAAUCUUUUGUUUUCUCCAGAAUAUAUUGAUGUCAAUGUCAAGUGCCCGUUGCUUGAUGUUGAGUUCUCUCAGUCACAAGUCAAUGUUCACGGUAAGAUCCUCUGCAAAGAGAAAUGCAAUCGAAAUAUUCUGCUCUUGCUUGUUAGAUUAGCUGGGGGUGUCGAGCAUGAAACGAAGACAACCAGUUUGGAGCAAGAUAAUGCUAAUUUUGUGUUCACAAAAGUAUUUCCUGGAAAAUAUCGUCUGGAGGUGAAACAUUCUUCAUCCAAGGCUCCUGCAAACGAUGAUUGGUGCUGGGACGAAAAUACCUUGGAUGUAGAUGUCGGUAAUGAUGAUGUGACAAAUAUUGUAUUUGUACAAAAGGGUUAUUGGAUAGAGCUAGUCUCAAGUCAUGACACUGAAGCAUACAUUCGUCAACCAGACUCUUCUAAACUUGAAUUGUUGAUAAAGGGAGGGUCACAAAGAAUUUGCAUCGAAACUCCUGGGCAACAUGAGCUUUAUUUAGUUAAUUCUUGCAUUUCCUUUGGGACCUCGCCUAUUGUGUUUGAUACACAGAACCCAGUGUUGGUUCACAUCAGUGCAAAGAAGUAUCUUGUAAGAGGUGAAAUCCAUGUGGACAUAAGCUCCCCUCUGGAAGAGAUUGAUUUAUUAGAAGAUAUCGUUGUUGAUGCCUUCAAGAGUAAUGGGAGCUCUAUCGACAAAAUAUCUACCAUGCCUGUUUUUGCAAAGAGUUAUCAAAAUGGUAUUACUGUCUUUGAGUACUCUACUUGGACUGAUCUUGGGGAAGACUUCAUUUUUGUCCCUCGUGAUUCCAGCACUAGAAGGAAAAAGAUCCUAUUUUAUCCAUCACGGCAUCAGUUCUCAGUGUCUGCAAGCGGAUGCCAAGAUGCUGUUCCUUCAAUCACUGCUAAAAUGGGUCUAUACCUUGAAGGAUCAGUGUCACCUGCAACUCCUGAUGUUCAUAUCAUGAUUCUGGCAGCUGGAAAUAGCAAGUAUGCGAUGCUGAAGAAAGGUGAUAUAGCAACAGAGACAAAGACAAAUUCCGAUGGGUCAUUCUUUGCAGGGCCCUUGUAUGAGGAUAUAGGAUAUGAAAUCGAAGCCUCAAAGGCUGGCUAUCAUCUCAAGCAAACUGGCCCAUACAGCUUUGCUUGUCAGAAACUUGGUCAGAUAUUAGUUCAUAUUUAUGGCGAAAAUGAUACAGAGAUGUUACCGGCAGUAUUAUUAUCCUUGAGUGGUGAAGGAGGUUACAGAAAAAACUCAGUCAGUGGUUCUGGUGGAACUUUCAGCUUCAAUAACUUAUUUCCUAGGAGUUAUUAUCUCCGCGCUCUUCUUAAGGAAUAUAAAUUUACUCCAUCAACAGUUGCUAUUGAUCUCAAUUCUGGGGAGUCUAGAGCGGUUGAGUUCCGUGCAACCCGUGUUGCCUUCAGUGCCAUGGGUUCUGUUACACUGUUAACUGGCCAACCAAAGGAAGGUGUUUUUGUUGAAGCUAGAUCUGAAUCAAGAGGUUAUUAUGAGGAAGCUACUACAGAUUCCUUUGGUAGGUUCCGCUUGAGAGGACUUAUCCCUGGCUCAUCUUACUCAAUAAGAGUAGUUGCAAAAGAUAAUCUCAGGUUGGCAGCAGUUGAGCGUGCUUCACCAGAAUCUGUAUCAGUUGAUGUCGAUGAGGAGGACAUCUCUGGUAUUGGUUUUGUGGUUUUUGAACGCCCAGAAGCAACAAUUUUGAGCUGUCACGUGGAAGGAAAUGACAUUGAUAUGUUGCAGCCACAUUUAUCUGUUGAAAUUAGAUCAGCUGUUGACCCUUCUAGAAUAGAAUCUGUACUUCCUGUUCCUCUUUCCUACCACGUCGAAGUAAGAAAUUUACCCAAAGGAAAGCAUUUUGUUCAGCUUCGGUCUGGCCUUCCAUCACAUACCCAUAUAUUUGAAUCUGAGUUGGUUGAAGUUGACCUAGAAAAGCAACCUCAGAUUCAUGUUGGUCCUCUUAAAUAUAAAACGGAAGAGCGGCAUCACAAACAGGAACUGACCCCAGCCCCAGUUUUUCCUCUUAUUGUUGGAGUUUCUGUUGUUACAGUCGUGAUCAGUAUGCCAAGGUUGAAGGACUUGUACCAGAGGACUUCCCUAAGUUCAGGAAACACACCGAGCAGAAAGGAACCACGGAAGACAAUAUUGAGAAAGAGAGCCUGAAACAUAUGAUCCUGACUAGGUGUGGAGAAUUUGAACUUACACGUCAGGAUUAGAAAGUAGCUGUUUCCUUUCUUCCCAAUGGGUAAUUUUGCAGAUGCGGAAGCUAACAGUUAAUAGUUUGUAUCAUUGUUGACUAAUACAAAUUUCGUCUCAUUGUUGGUCA